ACCAAAUAGACAUUUCUCACUCUCCGACCUCUCAAGGAACUGGCUAUAAAGAAAGAAAUAUUAACCAAAAAUUAAAAAACAACGAUAAUACUUAGUAAGGGUUUCUAGUGAUUAAAAUAAAAUUGUGCAAAAAAUAUGGCCAAUAUUGCUAUUUCAAGAAUAAAGCGUGAGUUUCAAGAAGUUGUCAAAAGCGAAGAGGGAUUAAAAUGUGCUAUUAAUGUUGAAUUGGUGGGUGAUAGUUUUUCUAAAUUAAGAGGUGAUCUUGCAGGGCCACCAGACACACCUUAUGAAGGUGGUCGAUAUGUUGUUGAUAUUUCUGUUCCUGAGACAUAUCCAUUUAAUCCUCCAAAGGUGAAAUUUUUGACUAAAAUUUGGCAUCCUAAUAUAAGUUCUGUUACUGGUGCUAUAUGUCUUGAUGUAUUAAAGGAUCAAUGGGCUGCAGCAAUGACACUUCGGACUGUUCUUCUGUCAAUUCAGAUGUUGUUAGCAUCACCUGAACCAGAUGAUCCACAGGAUGCUGUUGUUGCUAGACAGUGUAAAGAGAAUCCAGAAAUAUUUAGAAGAACAGCAAGACAUUGGGCUCAGGCUUAUGCUAAUGCUCCAGGUAACAUAUAUGAUUGUGAACAAAAGAUCAGAAAUUUGCAAGAAAUGGGAUUUGAUGAGAAUAAAAGUCGAGUGGCACUUUCUACACAUAAUUGGAAUGUGGAGAGAGCAGUGGAAUCUGUAUUUAAUAGUUAGUGUUAUUUAGAAAGCUAAGAAAGGUAUCAAGAAAAUGUAUUGAUACACUAAAUUUGUUUACUAGGACAAGUACAAAAUUUCUAAUAAACAAUAAAAGCUGACCCUAAACAUAGACCAGUAAAACAAGGAUGAAAAAGCUUAAGAACUCCGUGAAGUUCCGAAUAGUAGAGACCUUGUGCAACAUUGCAUAAGAGUUGGCAAGAUUGUAUGGUACAUUGCCAACCUUGUUUAUUUUUUUUAAGUCACAAUAAGUUAAAAAACGUAUUACAGAAUAUAUAGGGUCUAGAAAUACCUUAAAAUUUUGACAACCACUGAACCACGUUAGGUUUAUAUUUGGAAGUUCACGGUAUACUAUAGUAUUGUACAUCAGAUAAACCUUUUGCUUAUUUGGUUUAUAAUAUAUAAGGUCAACAGUUUUUUUGUAAAUAAAGCAUCAAUAUUUUGAAUGGUAGUUUUUGAAUUUCUAAUACAUUAUAAUACAUCACCGUGGAAAAGCGUGGUACCCAUACAGUGGUGGAUCCAGCGCUAGUGCACUAAGUUGCAUUAGAAAACAAAGUGGUUAUUUUUAGCAGGUUCCUUGUGUUAUGCAAAUUAGUACACUAGUACUGGUUCCACCCUGGUGCCAUUUAGGUGGUAAUUGUAAUAAUUGUAAUUGUAAUAAUUUUAAGUUUGGUCAAUUUGGUUAACCCGUUUGAAUCAAUAUUUUCACAGCAUGUUUCUAUGCUCAAUGUUUAACUUUUGUGUUUAUCGUUUCAUUGCUGUAUCAAACAUUCUUUCGGAUGGCUGUUGCGUUCACCAGACCCAACACCUUUUCUGUUGUGUUUGGUGAACGAAAUGGUCUCUAACCCCUUCCCCCUUCCCACAAAC